AUGCCACACUAAAGGGUUUUACUUGUACACAUCAGGAAUUUUAGUUUAUUUUGAUAAAAAGAGAUAAAAAUGUUUAGGAAUUCAGUGGCAUUGAUAACUGGAGGAGCAAGUGGACUUGGACGAGCGACAGUUGAUCGUUUUGCUGCUGCCGGCUCUAAAGUUAUUCUUUGUGAUUUGCCGACAUCACAAGGUUCGGAAGUGACGAAAAUUUGGGGAGAUAACGUAGUUUUUGUACCUACAGAUGUCACUUCGGAGAAAGAUGUGACUCAAGCUAUUGAUGAGGCAAAAACAAAGUUUGGACGAUUAGAUGUUGCUGUGAAUUGUGCUGGAAUCACGGUCGCUUUUAAAACAUACAAUUUCAAUAAAAAUCUAGCACAUAGACUUGAAGAUUUCUCGAAAGUUAUUGCAGUAAACACUGUAGGAACUUUUAACGUUAUUCGGCUUGCAGCUGGUGUAAUUGGACAAAAUGAGCCAAAUACAGAUGGACAACGUGGAGUUAUCAUAAAUACAUCGUCAGUAGCAGCAUUUGAUGGACAAAUUGGUCAAGCUUCUUAUGCAGCAAGUAAAGCUGCAAUUGCAGGAAUGACCUUACCAAUUGCUCGCGAUUUAGCCAGUCAAGGUAUUCGCGUAAUGACAAUAGCACCAGGACUUUUUGACACUCCACUUCUUCAAUCACUUCCGGAUAAGGUGCGAGAUUUUCUUGCUAAAACUAUUCCUUUCCCUCAACGUCUUGGCUUUCCUGAGGAAUAUGCUCAAUUAGUUGAAACCAUUGUUGACAAUCCAUUGUUGAAUGGCGAAGUUAUUCGAAUUGAUGGAGCCUUACGAAUGAUGGCAUAGAUUGCGUUGUAAAAACAAACGAUAAAAAUUGUUUUAAAUGCAUUUAUUAUCUUUAUAAAAAUGAAAAUAGUCGAAUACAGUACAUAUAAGAAUAAUUUUUUUUAAUAAUAUUCUUUUAAUUAUAAAUUUUCAUUGCAAAAUUAACGUUUCAAAUCGUUUUAAAAAUAAGCAGAACAAGUUUAGAACAUUAAUCUGACAUCAUCAAAUACUUUUAUCACGAUCCAAUCUUUAGUAGCGAACAAUUUCUUAAAAACUAAUUUAAUUAAAAAUGGAUUUGUCGGGAAUGUCUUCAACACAAAAAAGUGAUCUCAUGGAUCAAGUAAAACAACAAAUUGCACUUGCCAAUGCUCAGGAGUUACUAACAAAAAUGACAGAGAAAUGUUUUAAAAAGUGUGUAAAUAGACCUGGAGUUGAGUUAGAUUCAACAGAGCAGAAAUGUAUUGCAAUGUGUAUGGACCGAUAUAUGGAUUGUUUCAACACUGUUAGCAGAUCUUACGGCAGACGAUUACAAAGGGAGAGCCAAAGAAACUGAAAUAGCCUAUAAAUCUUUAAUUAUAGCUCAUUAAAUUACCCAAUAUGUGUAGCAUCUUUAUGAAAUUCAAUCAAUAUUAAAAAACUAAAGUGUUCAAAUUAAAAUUGAAAUUGUUUGGAUAUUUUGUAAUUUUUGUUUUUC